UCAAUUUCCAACUUAGCAUCUUGGCAGGACCUUUGCGAAGCCAAAAGCAGAGCCCCCCGGUGCAAAGAGCGAGGGGAAAAGAGAAAGCAACAAGGGAGGGAAGGGGAAAAAAAGCCCAGCCGGGGCGAGCGAGGCGUGCAAAGGGGCGGGCGCGGCGGUAGAAGCCGGAGGCGCGCGGGAAGCCAGCGAGGAGGCGCCGCGGGCCGGAGCCCGGGAGUCCGGGCCCGAGGAGCGGCGGCCCAGGGCAGCCAGAGGCCAGGUGCCCGCCCGCUCGCCCUCGCCUCGCAGGGCGCCGCCCGGCUAGUUGUCGGCCGCGGCGCGGAGCGCCCCAUGCCCGUGUGUGGCCAUGUCCUACCCGCAGGGCUACUUGUAUCAGCCGUCCGCCUCGCUGGCGCUCUACUCGUGCCCGGCGUACAGCACCAGCGUCAUUUCGGGGCCCCGCACGGAUGAGCUCGGCCGCUCGUCUUCGGGCUCCGCGUUCUCUCCCUACGCUGGCUCCACUGCCUUCACGGCGCCCUCGCCGGGCUACAACUCGCACCUCCAGUACGGCGCCGACCCCGCAGCUGCAGCCGCCGCCGCCUUCUCCUCCUACGUGGGCUCUCCCUACGAUCACACACCGGGUAUGGCGGGCUCCUUGGGGUACCACCCGUACGCUGCGCCCCUGGGUUCGUACCCGUAUGGGGACCCCGCGUACCGGAAGAACGCCACCCGGGACGCCACGGCUACGCUCAAGGCCUGGCUCAACGAGCACCGCAAGAACCCUUACCCCACCAAGGGCGAGAAGAUCAUGCUGGCCAUCAUCACCAAGAUGACCCUCACCCAGGUGUCCACCUGGUUCGCCAACGCGCGCCGGCGCCUCAAGAAGGAGAACAAGAUGACGUGGACGCCGCGGAACCGCAGCGAGGACGAGGAGGAGGAGGAGAACAUUGACCUGGAGAAGAAUGACGAGGACGAGCCCCAGAAACCCGAGGACAAGGGCGACCCCGAGGGCCCCGAAGCAGGAGCAGAGCAGAAGGCGGCUUCCGGCUGCGAACGGCUGCAGGGGCCGCCCACCCCCGCCGGCAAGGAGACCGAGGGCAGUCUCAGCGACUCGGAUUUUAAGGAGCCGCCCUCGGAGAGCCGCCUCGACGCGCUGCCGGGGCCCCCCCGCGCCCGCGGGCCCUCCCCGGCUGGGCCGGCGGCGGCGCGGCUGGCCGAGGACCCGGCCCCUCAGUACCCCGCAGGCGCGCCAGCGCCCGGCCCGCACCCAGCUGCGGGAGAGCUGCCCCCCUGUCCCGGCGGGCCCUCGGUCAUCCACUCGCCGCCGCCUCCGCCACCGCCCGCGGUACUCGCCAAGCCCAAACUGUGGUCUCUGGCAGAGAUCGCCACAUCAUCGGACAAGGUCAAGGAUGGGGGCAGCGGGAGCGAGGGCUCUCCCUGCCCACCGUGUCCCGGGCCCGUAGCCGGGCAAGCUUUAGGAGGCAGCCGCGCGUCGCCUGCUCCCGCGCCGUCGCGCUCGCCCUCGGCGCAGUGUCCUUUCCCGAGCGGGACGGUGUUGUCCCGACCUCUCUACUACACCGCGCCCUUCUAUCCCGGCUACACGAACUAUGGCUCCUUCGGACACCUCCACGGCCACCCGGGACCCGGGCCAGGCCCCACAACCGGUCCGGGCUCUCAUUUCAAUGGAUUAAACCAGACCGUGUUGAACCGAGCGGACCCUUUGGCUAAAGACCCGAAAAUGUUGCGGAGCCAGUCUCAGCUAGACCUGUGCAAAGACUCGCCCUAUGAAUUGAAGAAAGGUAUGUCCGACAUUUAACGCGGGCUGCGUCGGUCCUGGACUUUUCUAAUUUAUUAAAAUCAUGGCCUUGGCAGUUAUUUUUCCAUCACCAAGAGAGAGAGUGAGAGAGAGAAAGAGAGAGAAAUAAACUACCCCUCCUAUUCAAAAGUUUAUAGUUUAUGGAGAUGGAUGACAUAAAAAUGUAAACAUCUCCACACAAAGAAAAUGUCUUAACCAGCCGGAAAGAAAAGUUUAAAAAAAAAGGAUUUGUAUUAAAUCUUAUUCUGUAUAUUUA